CUCACGCAUGGCUGAACAAAGAACUCAAGAACACUGAACAAUGAAGGUAAUAUAUCUAACCACUCUAGCUGCUGCACUCUCUCUAGUCAGUGCUCAGAGCGACCCCCGACACGGGGUAGGCUAUGAUGAGAGGUUUGUGGAGGGUGUCCUCACACACACUGCAGGACAAUGGAAGAAAUGUAUGCCAUAUUUUAGGCGAUCGCUGGAAGAGUUCUCUAAAUUAGAAGAGGCGAGACGUCACUGUUACUCUCUCUGCUCCCGGAAGAGCUCAAAGGUCACUACUCGAUGGGCGGAUCUUAAUUUCUUUGGGUCUAUAUUGGAACGCUCUCAUUGUGUCCGUCACUGCACAGAGGAGGAGGCUGGGCUACUACCAAGGGGGGCCGUGUCACUGACUAUUGAACGAGCACUUCGGAUGAAAGAGGGAUUAAGCUUUUUACAGUCAGCCUAUCAUCAGCUUGGUGCUAUCGGUGAGGCAGCCCGGGCCUGCACUCAGUACUUUUACUACAACCCACACAACGAUGCGGCUAAAGAAAAGUUCCAUAUGUACAAGCGUCUCAGAAAAGUCACUAAAGAUGAUCUAAAACCUGGACACAUUCUGAAAUACCGUGAUCUAUUUGAGAUUGGCCAUAAAGCUUAUCAUGCAGAGGACUGGUCUCUCCUGGUGGAGUCAAUGGAGAGUGGACUGCUCGAGUUGUUCUCUUCACUGGAGGACUGUCGUAGGGACUGCACUGGACCACUCAAGAUAGAAGAUAUAUUUGGAUUCUCAGAGUUAAUGACAGAGGUUCAAUCUAAGCUGCUGGACUGUCAGAAUCAAUGCUCACGCAAUUUAGGAAUGUUUCGUACUGACAAAACCGAGGAAUUCUUUGGGAGCUACUUCCACUACCUCGAAUAUGGCUACUACUUCUUGAAUCGGUCUCGAGAUGCAGUGUCAGCUGUUGCUACUCGGGUGAGACUAGACCCUAGCAAUGAGGAGGCUAGGAGAAGUGCCGUGUUCUAUAAGCAACGUCCAGGGGUCACCACCAAGGACUUCAAACCACGAGAGGAUGUGAUACCUGAGAUAUUGAAGCACGAGGCUAUUCUGAAGUAUGGAAAACUAAUCAAAAAACUUUGUGAACUAACAGAGAACACCACAGAACACGAUGAAGACAUGAUACUACUGGAAGAGGACUUCAAGAAAUGGCCUGUAGUAGCCAUGUUGCUGGAACAUUCCACCCAAAGAAAUUCUGCUAGCGAGUAGAUAGUCAUCAACAACUCUAUUGUGUGGUACAAUAAUUAUUA